CGACUGCAAUCAGUCAAUGCGAAAUCGCAUUCUGAGAGCAGUCUUAUAUCGCCACACUCCAACAUUUUGCCUGGUCGUGAAGCUCAAAGCUCUUUUUAUUCUUGUCUCAUCUCACAUGCAGUCACCAUGGAUGUCUUCGAGAAGUCCACUUUCGCCGGCGGCCCGGCUAUCAUUGACUCGGCCAGCGAGCUCUCCGCCGACCAGCGGGAUAUGCAGCGCAUGGGGAAGAAGCAAGAUUUCAAGCGGAAUUUCAGUUGGUUCAGCAGCAUUGCUUUCACUUCGUGCACGAUGGGUACCUGGGAAUUUGUAUUCGUCAACAACUUCCAGAGUCUCGUCGACGGCGGCAGGGCAGGCAUGUUCUGGAGCUACUGCUGGGUGAUACUGGGCCAGUUCUUCAUUGUCCUGUCUCUGGCGGAAAUGGCGUCCAUGGCCCCAACAGCAGGCGGACAGUACCAUUGGGUAUCGGAAUUUGCGCCCAAGUCUAUCCAGAAAAUUUCAAGUUAUGCAUCCGGAUGGCUCAGUGCCCUGUGCUGGCAGUCUUUCGCCGCUGCCGACUGUAUCUUCACCGCCCAGCUAGUGAUGGCUGUUGUGUCAAUUGGGGAUCCAGAAUUCUCCCCCGAGCUGUGGCAGACAAGUCUCCUAGCCAUGCUGAUAGGUGUCUUUGUCGCCUCGCUCAACAUUUGGUGCUCAAAUAGGCUACCUAUCAUCGAGAACUUCUUCGUGUUCCUCCACAUUGCCUGCGUCGUUAUUGUGAUGGUCACACUAGGAGAAACAACCCAGAAGACUUCAGCUAGGGCGGUGUUCCUGGAGGUAAAGGACUAUGGCGGUAAUUAUCCGACUUUGGGUAUGGCUGUUAUGGUCGGGCAGGUUGCCGCCAUGUUCAAUGUCUGCGCAUCUGAUGCUGUGGCUCAUAUAUCGGAGGAAGUCAAAGAUGCCAGCAUUAUCGCCCCACGAGCAAUGUUCUGGUCCUUUGCGCUGAACAUCCCCAUCGCCUUCGCCAUCAUGGUGAUGUCUGCAUUCGCCAUCCCGGACGUCACAGUCGCAACGACAGAGUUCGCAUUCCCGUUCCUGUCGAUCCUGGACAGCAGCAGCCUGUCGACCGCCGGGGCCCAGGCCAUCACCUCUCUGAUGGUGGUCCUGCUUUUCAUGAUCGCCGUGUCGACGUUCACCUCGACCUCCCGGCAGUGCUGGGCUUUCGCGCGCGACCAGGGACUCCCAGCAUCCGACUGGCUGCGCCGUGUCGAUCCAGCGCUCAAUGUCCCCCGCAAUACGUGUCUGCUGACAUUGGGCGACAUCAUCAUCUUGUGCCUGGUCUACGUUGGCAGCAGUGUCGCCUUCAAUGCUAUAUUAUCCAUAGGAAUCGUCUCUCUUAUGGGAACUUAUGGCCUGUCUACGGCCUUUCUGGGACGCUGGGGUGUCUUGGUAAAUGCGAUUGGAGUGAGUUAUGCCGCCUUUGCAUUCUUUUGGUGCUUCUGGCCGAUUUAUUACUCUCCCACACCAGAGACAAUGAACUGGGCGGUGGUCAUGUUUGGCGGGUUCCGCACGUCUCAAGUCCUACCUCUUCAGUUAAUUUCGCUGUGUCCGAAUACAUGA